UCGAUUUUGAAAUGCCACGUCGCGUGUUAACAUUAGGGCCAUGUAUCCGAAAAUGUAACCAGGAUCGGCAAGAUGUCAGAUCUGAAUACUUAUGCUAUCGUUGGACUGUGUGUGGGAGGCGUUUUGUUGGUUGUAAUUAUUGUGGUGUUGGCUGUUUUAAAGAACUUGAGGAACAAAAAGAAACAGACACAGCGAAUGUUCAUGAUAGACACGAUGUUAAAUGGCAUAUCCAACACAAAUUCCAUGUUUCAACAGCAAGGAAUGUCAACAAUACCUGGGUAUGCGCCUCCAUUAACUAGCCCUAUGUAUCCUUAUCAGCUGGGGCAAACACCACAACAUCUUAAUCCAGACAAUAUUAGUCCGGUACAAUUUGGGCAAGCUCAACCAACUUCUAUCUACAACAACUUUUAAAGACAACAACGUACUAGUACAAGUUACUCAGAGCAAGAAGUUCCUCCAGAAUAUCCCUUUUACUGUGUAUUUAGGUAACCUUGCUGUAUUUGUGUGAUGUAUUUCGUACUCGGACACGUGGCUCAGUGGAUUUAAAAACAGUUAGCUUAUGAAACUGUAUUGUUACUGUACGUCCAAAUUAGACCUGUGUGUGAGGGUGAGGGUGUGUGUGUGUGUGUGUGUGUGAGAGAGAGAGAGAGAGAGAGAGAGAGAGAGAGUGGCAAUUAAGAUGUACUUGGAUUCAGCAUGUAAUAAACUUGAACCAAAGGCAAUAUAAAAUACAUUAAUUGGGAUUGUAGCCGGUGUGGUAGAACAUCAGAAAACUGGUCCAGGUUUUAAAUAUGUUUUAUUAAGUUGUUAAACAAGCAUUCUGAGAGUAUUGCAUUAGCAAUACUAGUCCCCUACCGGUAAGUGUUAUCUGGUUCCCGCUGAAAAUUGAAAAUGCCAUAAUUUCGUCAAAAAUCAAUGAAGCGGAACGAAAUGCAAACUUGAUCUAUAAAUCUUCAAAGUUAAGUCACAUACCAAAAAUCAGCUCA